CAAAACCGUAAACCCUAGAAGCUUGUGUCUCAAUCCGUCAUGAACUCAACGGUGAACUUACUCGAUGAAGCUCUAGGACUGAACGAUAUCGAUCAGACGGAACCUUCUUCGAACACUAGAGGCCGAGUCGUGCUCAUCGAGGACUGCGUGGAGACUAGCGGCUCAUUUUUACUUCAUCAUCUCAUCAAGCGCUCUCUCUCCCCUCAAUCGUCUGGUGUCGUCAUUUUCGUCGCCUUCGCUCAACCCUUUUCUCACUACGAUCGCAUUCUCCGAAAAAUGGGUUGCAACUUACUAACGCAAAGAGAUAAUAAAAGAUUCCUAUUUUUGGAUAUGCUUAUGCUGGAAUGUCCAGAUGGAGAUGGAGAAACAGCUAGCAAAGGUGGAAUUCUUUUGUUGUAUAGGAAAAUUCAGAAAGCUGUGGAAGACGGUUACUCAACUAAAGGGAGGAACAUUACUGUUAUCAUAGAUGAUAUAUCCCUCAUGGAGGUGGCUGCUCACGGUUCUUCAAAUCAUGUCUUAAACUUUCUGCAUUACUGCCACACUUUAACAUCCCAAUAUGGUUGUUCCUUAGUUACUCUUAAUCACCGGGAUAUUUAUUCAAGAACAGACAGACCUUCCCUCAUUUUACAAAUGGAGUACCUUGCAGAUACUUUGAUAAAAGCUGAACCUUUGGCCACUGGUUUGGCAACUGAUGUGCAUGGACAGUUGACAGUGAUGAACAAGGGAAUUUGUGAUGGCUCCAGAAUCUCUAGGAAUAAGAUGCGCAAUUUCCAUUUCAGGGUCAAGGAAAAUAGUGUAGAAUACUUCUAUCCAGGGACUAGGACUUGA